AAAGCACAUUUUGUGAGGAUGUCUAUCUUUUGCGCUGCUUGCCGAAAUGGUGUAACAUGCAACGAUGCCAUACAGCUUGUGCCUUGCCUGCACGUGAUAUGCCUCAAAUGCCAACAGAAGACAAGGAAAACGAGCAAGGUCUGCCCCGCAAAACAUUGCUACUCACCUUUGGUUCCACCAAUGGAUAUAAGAUGGAAUCCCUGCGAGUAUGAGCGUUGUUUGAGAAAGCUGGCUAUAGCCGGAGAUGUCUAUCAUACUGCCUGUCAACAUGAUCUGUGUGCACAAUGUUUUGACGAAGCGAAUAAGACCAACAAUGCACAAUGCCCCGUUGGCGGAUGCGGCGCACCUUUGAACGAAGAUGAUGACUUAGAACAGUGUGAAGGUCCAUGCCGCGCAAUGUACGAGAUUGACAAAAUGGUUGCACUGCCUUGUUGUCAAGUGUAUAUGUGCCAGCCAUGCGCAAAGAAAUGGACUGAAGGAAAGGGAGUCUGCCCACCUGGAAAGUGCCUGUCUAAAGGUGGAGGAAAAGCCAGAAAAGGGAAGAAGACACCUAUCAAAACUCCCUGCUCUGGGCUACCUGAGUGCGAAGGUGAAGUUCUGCGAAACUUCCCAUCUGAAAUGGAGUGCGAGCAUGAAGUUUGCAUCAACUGCUUGGCAAAAGUCUUAGAAGAGUGUGAACGUAAUAACUCACCUCCGGUCUGUCCAAAUGAAGCAUGUCGUCUACCCUAUCGAUGUGAAACAGUGCUGGCACUGAAAGCUUUGUUUCCUGAGAGAGCAGCCUACUUUAGUCGUUUUGACUUGGAGUCACACUACUCGAUGGAAGCAUUGAAGGACGAUAGCAUCACGGCCAUAUCUAUACAAAGGAAAAUUCCUUUGCGUAAAAUAUCGCUGAAGGUGUGUUUCUGCGAAGAUGAGGAAAAUCAGUCAAAUGUGGAGUUUGAGAGUUCCGGACCGUUAUCGGAUUUGAUCAGAGAAAUUAGAAGAGUGCUAAAAAUCAUGAACACUGAUAAGGUUUAUGGUUACUUCAAACGCGAAGGUGAUGAUGAAAAGCAACUUGAUCUCAGCCCUAAGCUCAUCCAAACUCCGGUAGACAAGAUUGGGAUCUCUUCGGAAUCUCUGAUCCUUGUUGAUAUUACUGGAAUCGUGAAUAGCAAAGCGACAAAAAAGGCGGCCGGAGCAGCAGCUGCUGCGAAGGCAUGAGCUGCUUACUUUUACAUUGUGAGAUUUGUGUAAAAAAGUGUUACAAAAUUUUCUACUAGUUUUCAAUGAAGUAUUUUUCUUUUUCUCUGUUGUUCGCAAUGGUUGACACAUCAAUCACAUAUCUUCAUGAGUUAGUUCUGCAAGUUCAGUUGACAUAGUUACAAAUUUUGGAAAGCAGCUUCAAAAAGGACAGCAGUGGACCGCCGUUGACCAUCGGCGAUCAGUUGUUCAUUUCGUCGAUUUGUUCUCUGUCUUGCAACUGCCCAGCACCGUUUGUUUAACUGUCGCGGGUCCGCCGUCUAUCACUUUCAAAUCGGAAGUGGCUUUUGUUUCGAAAAUCGCUGCGGAGCCAGUCAGAUUUGUCCCAAUUGUUUGUAUUUACUUUUUUCGCUUUUUUAUAUACUUUUUUUGAACACCUGUGACUCCUUAUAUACCCAUUCUAUACUGCGAUUCUUGCAUUUGACUCUUUCCAUAUAUGUAAGAGUUAUAGAUACUUGUCUGCCUUCCAAAGUGCUCAC